GUGAAUAGAGUUUUGUCAGUUUUGUUUUCUUGAGUUUUUUGAUGAUUAGUUUUAUGCUUUUAUUAGCUUUGCAUUUCUGGUUUCAUGACUUUACUAGGUUUUCUAGGCUGUAUUUAGAACUAACGUUGAACAAAACGGGUAAGCUUGUGUGUUUUUUGGCCGUUCUUCUUGAGGGCCAUGGGGUUUUUUCAUGGAGAACAUCCUGGGACUUUUCCGCAAUGUGUGAGUAGCAUGGAGAUGGGAGGCAGACGUGGAUUUCAGCCUGCUGUUGUAUAGACAGCCCCAAAAAGUAAAAAAAAAAUUUCUUGGGUUUGCCAAUAAUUAACACGAACCUCCCCAAACGGAAAACAAGCACCACCAUUCCCUCUCACCACACAACCCAACCCAACCCAACCCAUUCUCUCCCAACGCCAAAACAACCUCACCAACCAUUUCUCCUCUCUCCCAUUUCCCACUUCUCACAAAGUGCACCAUCCACAUCUGAUCUCACAUAUGAUGAUCAAUGAGCUCAAGAUAAAUCGUUAUUAAUCGAUCGAAUCCCACAUACAUAGAGCAUGCAUAUGCAAUAAUACAAUAGAUGAGAUAUGAUAUCAUAUCGGUCUUAAUUUGCGUGUAAUUAAAUUUAAAUAUGAGCGGCGGCGGCAUGGAUUCGUCGGAGCUGAGGAAGGUGUUCAAGAUGUUCGACAAGAACGGCGACGGGAGGAUCACCAAGAAGGAGCUGGGCGAGUCGUUCAGGAACCUCGGCAUCUACAUCCCCGACGACGAGCUCGACGCCACCAUGGACAAGAUCGACGCCAACGGCGACGGCUGCGUCGACGUCGAGGAGUUCGGCCUCCUCUACCGCUCCAUCCUCGGCGACGACCACCGCCACAACCAGCCGGCCGGCGACGAGGACGACGGCAUGCGCGAGGCCUUCAACGUGUUCGACCAGAACGGCGACGGCUUCAUCACCGUCGACGAGCUGCAGUCCGUGCUGUCCACCCUCGGCCUCAAGCAGGGCCGCACCGCCGAGGACUGCCGCCGGAUGAUCAGCAAGGUCGACGCCGACGGCGACGGCCGCGUCGACUUCAAGGAGUUCAAGCAGAUGAUGCGCGGCGGCGGCUUCGCCGCGCUCGGUGGCUAGCUGACCUAAGCCUAGCCUCUCCUCCCGGUUAAUGAACUUAAUUAAUCGCAUGAAAACAAAAAAAUAGCAAAAAGUAUCUCGAGGUACCAAAUCGUUUCUGAUCGUUGGAUCUAACAUCGCAUAUCC